CCUUGUGGAAGCGCACCUUGCAUGGCCGCCGCCGCUGGCUCCGGAGCUGCAGCCGCCGUCGAAGCGGAGCUGCUCUCGCUCUGGCGCGACCGGCGCGAGCCCGGUGCAAUCAGCGGCGCCGGCGACCGCCUCAUCGCGCUGGCAAACAAGCCCGGCGCGCUGGACACGAUCGAAUUCCUGCUGCCUCAGUUUGCACACAUCCUGAUCCACCUCUCGGACGACAUCCCCGAGGCCGAGAGCCUGGAGACCUUCGUGCUGGCCGUGUCGCAGAUGUCGACCCACAUUGCGCUCCAGUUCUUCUGGGCUGUGUACACCGCGCUCGAGGAGAACGCGCCCAAGCCCUCCGACAUGGACGCGCUCAUGAGCCAGUGCGUCAAGGUGGCGGUGCAGUCGUCUUCGCACGACGGCAGAGGGCUCGCCAGAGAGGACACCGUCGUCCUCAAGGGCUUCCUGCGCAAGCGCGGCGGCGGCACCACCACAAAGUACUCGCGACACAAGUGGACGCAGCGCUGGGUCGUCAUCAAGGACCGGAUGCUGCUCUACUACUCCUCCCAAAAGGCCUUCGAAGCCAACCGCCCGCGCGGCUCGAUGCAGCUCGCCAUCGCAGAGCUACUGCAGCCGGGCGACGGCGGGCACGAGCCCCGCGAGGCGAGACACUAUUUUGUGUUGCGCGACCGGCAGUCGGGCAUGAGGAUGGAGUUUUGCGCGCCGUCGGAGGAGGUGGCUCUGCAGUGGAUGACCGUCGUCAACAUCGCCAUCGCCAUGCCGACGCCGCCCGGCCUCGACGCCUCCCAGCUCCGGCUCGACCAGCUGCAGCAGCAGCUGCAGCCGAGUCUCUCGACGCCGCGCCUCUCCGCCCAGCACUCGUACGAGUCGGGCAGCUCGUUCAUGUGCUGCAACUCCGGGGAUGCCGUGACGGACUCCGCCUCCGCCGCAGACGGGGCCGCUCCCGGCUCAGCGCCGCCGUCCGCGCGCCUUACCGACGGCGAGUGCAUCCGCAAGUCCUUUGCGUCGGCCGUCUCGCAGUCCUUCGCCGCCGCCUACUCCAACCCGGCCACGCCCGUGCCGCCGCGCGCCGCCGCGGCGGGCGGGCCGCUCGACUCGGCCGCGGAGGGGGGCAAGGGGGGCGUCGGCCCGCUGCUGCAGGAGGGGGAGCGGCAGCGAAUGGUCUACUCCUUCUUCACUGCGCAGCGCGACUUUUUGCGCUCGCUGACGAACCUCGCCGAGACGCUUCGCCACUUGGCCGCUGACGAGCGGCAGGAGGCGCUGCAGCCGAAGCUCGACGCGCUCCCGGUGCCGCAGAUGGCCUACUUCCCCCUCUCCUCCUCCUCGGAGCCGCUCCGCACCAUCCUCGCCUUCCCGCGCCACGAGUCCUUCGUCUUCAACACAAAGGCCCGCUGCCCGAUCCUCACCGUGCUCGAGGUGCAGCAGCACCGCUACUCGGUCGCCGACUGCUGCACCAUCCGAGACUUGCCCGACGACGACUCGGACGAGAGCAGCAGCCAGCCAGCGGUGCCUGCCGUCGACGCGGCUGCCGGCGACGCUGCCGCCGGCGACGCUGCCGCCGGCGCGGAGGGCGGCGCGGAGGGCGGCGCGCCGUUGACGCUUUCGCAGAAGAAGAAGGAGCUGUGGGACGCCAAGGAGGCGCGGCUGCGGGCGACGUCGGAGCGCGCGGGCAUGCCCGGUUGGUGCCUCGCCUCGCUCAUCAUCAAGUCGAACGACGACUUGCGUCAGGAGGUCUUCAUCAUGCAGCUGAUCCGGCUCUUCGUCAAGAUCUUCCCGCCCGAGCUCACGUGGCUGCGGCCGUACCACAUCCAGGCCACCGGCCCCGACACGGGCCUGAUCGAGACGAUCACCUCGGCGGAGGACCUCGACCGGCUCAAGAAGACGGCGGGGUACACCUCGCUGCGCGCCCUCUUCGUGCAGCGGUACGGGCCGCCCGACAGCGACGGCUUCCUCGCGGCGCAGUCGCGCUUCAUCAAGUCGCUGGCGGGAUACUCGGUCGUCAUGUGGCUGCUGCUGCUGCGCGACCGGCACAACGGCAACUUGAUGAUCGACUCGCUCGGCCACUUCUUCCACAUCGACUUUGGCUUCUGCCUCGGCCACUCGACGGGCAAGCAGAUCGGCGGCGUCAUCGAGUCAGCUCCGUGGAAGCUCACCGCCGAGUACGUCGCGCUGAUGGGCGGCGUCGGCUCGGCGGGGUACGAGGCGUACGCCCAGGGCUGCGUGGAGGCGAUGGUGGCGGCGCACCGGCACGCGGACGUGAUCCUCACGAUGGUUGAGAUCGCGGGCACCGGCUCGAGGUACCCUUGCUUCCAGCAGACGCCGCUGCGCAAGGUGCUCGCGCGGCUGCGCAAGCGGCUCUACGUCGGCCACACCGAGGCGCAGGUGCGCGACGAGUUCAAGCGCGUCAUCGAGACGGCGCGCGAGCACAAGGGCACCUACUACUACGACUACUUCCAAAAGCUCCAGCAGGGUUACGCCGUCUGAGGACGCGGCCUGCCGGUGUACGCCACUCAGCCAUGUCCAUGUAGGCUGGCCCGCACACGCCCUCGCGCGCGCUCGCGCAUGCCCCACCGAGGGUGGUCGGGGUCGGUCGGCGACGCCCAUUUAUUCGUGCCCGCUGGCACGCGCCGCGCGACGUACGUCUCUCUCUUCUCCCCGGUCCGCUUACGCCUAGUGCCACUACCGGGUAGCCUGGUCCCGCGCAGCGCGGCGGCCGCCCGAAUCAAUGUGUACCUGUUUGCGCCGCCGCCGGCGUGUGUUACCCCGAGUUGCGUUUGUGACCGUAACGAUGUAAGAGCAAGGUCACACGCG